AUGGAACUACCACCUUUUGAAUUACUUUAUACUACAUCAGAUAUACUUAAUGAAUUAGAAACUGCACUUAAAGAGUUGGAUCAAAGCAAGCUUUUCAAAGAUGUGGGAAGGCGUAGACGUCGGAGAAGAAAUGGAGGACUAUAUGGUGUAGGGUUUGAAGCAGAAGAUCCCGAUUAUUAUAAUCCAGUGGGAAUAUGCUGUGAUAUCGCCUUCUACACUAGUGAGGAAUAUAAAAGACAUUUAGAUAGUCAUGUUAAAUGUCCUGUUGAAGGCUGCCCAUUUACGUCACAUCAAAAAGCAAUGCGUGUUCAUCAGGAAGUGAUUCACAAUAGUGGUUUGUUUGAUGUCAUCUACCGUGAAACUUGUGAUAAGUCAGUAAAAGUUUGGAGAGAAAGCCGUAGACGGAAUUACCCCACUUUGGAGCGAGUUGAAGCGAAAAAGAAGCUUGUUGAAGAACGUAUAGAGCGAGGAGAAAUUUUUGAGACACCUCAAUUCGGUUCAAUGAAUAAACCGAAUUCAAAUGUCCUACGUUCAUCACAGAUAGGUGAAGUCAAUGCUUCAUCUAACAAAAUGUCAACUUCGUCGAAAAAAACUAAUAAAGCUGCAAAACAGUGUCAAACAAAUAGUUCCAAUUCAGUCAUUACAAAUCAAGAAUCUAACAUACGCUUAGUUCCUACGGAUUACGACAGUGAAAGCACAGAUAAUGACAAUAAUACUGUUAAAGAUAAAUCUUCCUGUGAUAUAAUCGAUCCUACUACAGAAUCUGUAGAAAAGCUCAAUAAUACUUCAAACAAUCGACGUCGAAAACGUGGACGAAAGCAAAAAUGCGAUAAAAUCAGUGAUAAUCCAAAUAAUGAAAAUUCUCAAGAUGAUCCAUUUGCAUCGCAUCCUUUAGUGAAGCUACAAGUUAAACGACGACAAUGUCUAAGUGAUAUUCAUCGUAUACAUAGUCGUCCAACGCUACUACAGAUGUUAUUAGCUGAAGAUAUACGAAAAGAACGUAAUCAACUUAUGCAAUGUAUUCGUUAUAUUGUUCAUGAGAAUUUCUUUGAAGAAUUCAAUUCAUCUCAAAUGACAUUGUGUUAA